GGCUCCCUCGCCUGUCAAUCAACCGAAGUCACAAAGGUGUUGUUGAGCCGUCUUUGACAGGUAUGAUGUCGUCAACAAAGCGGCCACAGCGACCGACAACGGUCGCCGGUCCGGUUUGUUCCGUGUGAAGCUUAAACGUGAUGAGAUGCCGCUUGGUUUUCAACCUAACGUCACCCUUUGACAGCCACCGCCGGACGGGACGGGGACCGGAGCUGAAUGUAGCCUAGCAGCUGCUGAGCCAGCCGCGGAGAAAGGUGGCCAUUGUUUGAGUUGUUGGCUAACAUGGCAACGAGAGCUAACGUUAGCAGCGUCGGCUAGACGGGCUUCACUCCCCGCGUUGAUGCAGAAGAUUGAACUGCUGUGGUCAUCCUGCAUAAUGUGUGACGGUCGUGAAGCCAGUAAGCAGUGCCUGUCCCUCUCACCCUCAUCUUGGGCCAUCCCUCCCAUUUAACCCAUCUCUCCCUGAAGUCUCUCUGCCAACCACCCAGGAUGACCGACAGGAAGGAGCCACCCUUCUUUAAUGACGACAGCGUGGGAGCUUUUCACUAUAAACUCCCUUUCUAUGACACUAUGGAGCUCUUCAUAGAGACCCUGACAGGGACCUGUUUUGAGCUGCGCGUCUUGCCCUUUGAGGCUGUCAUUUCAGUCAAGGCAAAGAUCCAGAGGCUGGAAGGUAUCCCUGUUGCCCAGCAACACCUUAUCUGGAACAAUCUGGAGCUGGAUGAUGAACAUUGUCUGCAUGACUAUGGCAUUGCAGAGGGCUGCACAUUGAAACUGGUCUUAGCUAUGAGGGGAGGCCCUAUUAACACCAGGAGAGUAACCAUGGAGGAUCCUAUCAAAGAGGUGGCCGAGCUGAUGGACAGCACAAAGGAGGAGGGUUGGGAGAAAAGCCUGUCCAACAAGCAGGUCACGUUUGUGGUCUAUCGUGAGGGCGACCAGCUAAACUUUUUCAGAGUGGUCGACAGAGGAGAUGGCACCCUGACCCCGCUGUCUGAAUCUCUGAGUGGCGGCUCGGUGUAUAAUGUGUGCGUGGAGGAGGAGGAGGAUGGAGAGAGUUAUGCAGCUGCACAGCAGAGCCUUGAGAACUCCAUCACCAUGAAUAAAAUGAAGCUACUCAAAGCCAAGAUGGAGGACAUGAACCUCAACAAAAAGCCUAAGAAGUCUGCAAAGAUAAAGCCACGGCCCCCCGUCAGCCCACAUCCCUUCAGUGGCUCUCUUGGACCUUCCAGCACACGACACCACCAUCGCCUCUUUCGCUCGCUUCCCCAGAUCAACCAGCCUCGGCAGUCGAGUGCACAACUACCUCCAGUCGCUGACCAUAAAUCCGUAAACCCCUCCUCGCCCUCUGCUGCUGCAACAUCUGCCCAUUUGUCCAUCCCGAGGCGACCCCCUCCCUCGUUCUCUUCACCUUCUUGUUAUAUGCUUCAGGAGGAGGAGCCAUGGGAGACAUGUCCACCAUUUGCAAAGAUCCGCCCCCCUCCCAAAGUGUCUCGGUUGGACAUUGGCAGCACCAGGUUGAUGAGGGAUUGUGUGUACCCUCAGCUUCCUCCACUUUGUAUCAGGGGGCCACCUGAAGCCACCUUUGACCCAGCUGAACCUGCAGCAGAGGCAGUCGGGCUGGGUUUGUUGGAGGAAGCUGCUGGGCUGGUGGUGCCAACACAAACUGGAGCUCCAUUUGGGGAACUGUCAGACCCUCUUAGUCUUGACGUGUCCACCCAGCCAGAGGGAGGCCGUCUGUCCCUCGAAGUUGGGGCUCAGCACCAGCUGCCACUCUCCCCUUCCCCGCUUAGCACCUGGACACUUGGGUCAAGUGAUACUCUCACCAGCAGAGCUGAUAGGACACAGCUUGGCACUUCUUUUCAUAUCAGCCCUCCCUCUCCAUUGCCCACCUCUGCUUCACCACCCACUCCGAGCAGACUGCUGCCUCAGCCUUUUGAUUCCACACUCUCCUGUUUACAGCCCAACCUUCAAGCACAAUCCUCAGCACAAGUGAAACCAGGCAACGCAUCCCCUCUCCCCUCCGCCACCACAUCAUCUCAUCCACCACGCCUCCGUGGCGUCAAAGUGGAGUCACCUGGCAAGAGGCCAGAGCUUAUCUCCAAGAGGGAAGCAAGAGGCAUCACUAAGUUGGCCAACCAAGCCUGUAAGGAGCCAUUAGGGUCCUUGAACAACGCUGAACUCUUGGCUUCUCUUUCCACAAGGGCUCCAGACAGCAGCAACAGCAGGGACGGCCUUGGAGAGGGUCUAGGACUUGCACUGGCAUUGCCUCCUGCCACUGCCUCAGGACAGGGCGGCAUUAGCUCCAGGCUGCCAUCCAUCCCAACUAACAGGCUCCUUCAGGAUGAUCUCCUAAGACAAAUGUCACCGUUACACAGAGCAGCAGCCUCUUACAUGGCCACCAACACUCUUGCGUCAGCCGGGGGAGUCUUGACUUCUUUCGGGAGAAUAGGCACUCCAACAUAUCACCUACCUCCAGUCAAGGCUCCCACAGGCAGCAGCAAGAAGAAGAGCUCAAAGCACUGCUUCCUCUGCGGCAAGAAGACUGGCCUGGCCACCAGCUACGAGUGCAGGUGUGGUCACAACUUCUGUGCCACACACCGUUACGCUGAGACGCAUGAGUGCACCUACGACUACAAGAGUGCCGGACGGCGAUUUCUGGAGGAGACCAACCCUCUUAUCAGUGCUCCCAAGCUGCCUAAGAUCUAGACCCGACGACCCUCACCCCUCACCCCUCAUUAGGGAUGACCUGCAGAAGUACAGGUUAAUCUGACUGAACGGUAGAGAUUCUGUCAUUUCUUGCAGAAAAGAGGAACUUAUUCACCACUGUGUGCUUUUUUUUUUUUUUUUUAAUAAGCCAAGUUUGCUUAAUCAUUUAAAUAAAAUAUUCUGUAAAGCCAAGUGUGAACAAACGAGAGUAGACUGAAAUGGCACAGAACUACUUAUCUUGACAAUGUGAAGAUGUUUAUCCUUUUUGUUCUUUUUCCAUUGCCUAAAAACAAAACCAACAAAAAAAAAAAACUGUGCAUGUAUGUAGGUAGUUUUCGCUAAAUAUAUCUGCUGCACGUUCAGAAAUAUCCGUUUUAAUUUUCAGCCUUUUUUCCCUUUUUAAUAGGACCGCUGAUGACUUUUCACUCGACAAGUCUUUGACAGAUGCACUUUAGAACUAUCAUAUUUAUACAUUUGAAUUUCCUUAUUGUUGGGUGGAAGGAUACUUAUUUCUGUAUUUGUCUUAUGAAGUGUUUAUGUUGUUGUCAUCCAGAUUUUUAUAUUCUGCACCUCUAUACGUCUUUCUUACAUGGGCACAUACAUACCGACAUCACUAAUGAAAUAUUUCAGUACAGUACACCCACUUAUUGAUGAAAUACUUAAUAUUUAUUAAUGAAUACUACUUAUUUAAAUUCAAGGUUGGUUUGAAAUAGCAAGUAUGCAAUGUGUGUAGGUGUGAAUGUCAGUUGUAAUCUGUAAUCCUAUAAAGUAAAGUGUAUUAGGAUGGGGGGCGGGGGCGGGCGUUAUGAUAUUUAUGAUGUGUCUAUAAGUAAGGUGGUUGCCAUAAAAAAAAAAAAAAUCUUUUGUAAGUCUUUUUUAUUGCUCAGCUGUUGCAAAAACUUUAAAUGCUGUUAUAGUAUCUACAGGGGUUUGAUCUAAUAAAGUUUCUUUCCGUACAUACUGUA